CAUAGCACACACAGACAGGAGGAGCAGCAGAGCUAUAGGUAUACUCGGUGCAGGGAGCACAGCCGCCGGAAUUCCUUACUGCCGUUAGCCUUCUCUUCUCUCUAUACUAUAGGAUAUUAGGAUAUGUGCAUUGCUCAUCGUGGGGGCUAAUACAAGCCGGCGAUGACUUGAAGCCAGUGAUGUAUCCCUGCCUGGUACUGGCAGUGGCGCAUGGGUUGUGAAUCGGGACAUUUCCGUGGCUGUGUCUUUUGCACCACAUUAAAUUGGAUUGCUGUUAUCUGAACAUAAAUCGUGCGGGUGGGGAUCAUAACCAAAACCAGGAAAAAGAUCUUAUAAGAAAACGAAAUUAUACGGGAUAGAAAGAAACAUGGGAAAACUUCACUCAAAGCACGCAAGCAACAGGAGGGAAAACCCUGAAGGAGACAGUUUUGUGGUGAAUGCUUACAUCAAUCGCAAGGGAUUUGAGGGCUGUGAGCGCUUUAAUGGCUUGGAAAGCAAGUUAAAGGACAGGCAAGAGGAGCUAAUGAAUGGUGUAUUGAAAGAAGGACUAGAAGACCGAUACCCCCUGAAAGUGAACCUUCCACCUGAGAAGUUAGAAGGCUCUGAGGCAUAUGUCCAUUCAAUUUCAGCAGAAGAUGUUGAAAAAUCCACAAAUAAUGAAGUAAUUAGAGGAUCUGGAAAUAAACGGAUUAGUAUUGAUGAAUUAGAAUGCAAUGUUUCAGUUCAAGAUGACAAUCGUCAAGAAUGGACUUUUACACUCUAUGAUUUUGACAACAGUGGAAAAGUAACAAAAGAAGAUAUGUCCAGUUUGAUGCACACAAUUUACGAAGUUGUAGAUCAGUCUGUUAACCAUAACUCUAACAACAGUAAAACACUUCGGGUGAAGCUGACAGUGAGCCCGGAGCCCGCAACAAAGAAAAAGGAAAACUCAAGUUCUAACCAAGAUCGUGAUGGUAUUCGAAAUGAACACCCUGAAGAAAUGAAGAUGGCGGACAAAAGGUUGUCUGCGACUGUGAGGAGACCUGUCACUGAACAACCUUCUUGCAAUGAAAAUGGCGAUCAUUACUGUGUAGAUGAAAACACAGAAAGAAGAAAUCAUUAUCUUGACUUAGCUGGAAUAGAAAAUUAUACUUCAAGAUUUGGUCCAGGAUCACCUGAGGAACAGUCAAGACCAGUGCGGAAUAAGAGCUCUCAUUCUCAGAGCAGGUCACGCUCACAGGAAUCUGAUGGCCAUCCAAUAUAUCACCGGAGGUCACAGGUACUCAAUGACUAUACUGCACCGCUUGUAGAUCCUAUGCCUCGAUUAUCUGAAGUGCAACAAAGAAACAAAAAUCAAGAUAAGCAAUUUAUCAAGUCUCCCAAAGGCUGUGGGAAACCUUCUGUUUUACCUAAUGGAGUAAAUGGUGGGAAAUCAGGAAAAGGAAUGAACUACAAUAUGCCAAUAACUCAGCCUCAAGCAUUUCACAGUGGACAGGAUCUCUACCACCUCCAGCAACAACAAUACAAUCACAGGAAAUACAGACAGAAGAGUAAGGACAUUCACUCCCCACUAAAGGCCACUCUCUCCCAGCCAGCUGGGGAUCAUGAAUUAACCCGGGAUUUUCCACCAGUUUUAACCAAUGAGGGAUAUGUUAUCCCUGUCAUUCAGAGGCAUGAGCAUCAUCACCAUCACGAGCACCAUCACCAUCAUCACUACCACCACUAUCAUCAGUCAUAAAGCCAGGAAUUAUAUUCAUCUAUUUCAUAGACACAAUCAUUUAAAGAAGCAAUAAAAAACAAAUACUGUACCAACUUUUUCUCAUUCAGAUGCAGUAUCUCAUUUGUUAGCUAGUGAUGACGGAAAAAAAGAACUGGUAUCACUAUUCAAUCCACUAUUUAUCUCAGGUGUAUAUGCAGCUGUGGGGCUGUGAUAUGUUUUCUAAAGAAUCCCUAUAUGUAUUCUCUAGACUUGUAAUCAAAGGUUUUUGGAUAUGCAUUUUAAAACCACUGCCAGUUUAAGCUACUAUAUUAUUUUUAUGUAAUCUAAUAUAUAUAUAUAUUUAUAUUUUAAAAGAAACCGUUAUAACUACUUAUGUCAAUUUUAUAAUGAGAAUGUUUUAUUAUGUGUCUCUGUCUUUUUCAGUACUUAGCAACUUUGUGAAUAUUGUAUAAUUACUGCAUUUGCAUUUAUGAUUGUAUUACGCACACUUAUAAACAUAUGUUACCUACUAUGUAAGAAAUGUGGAUAAGUUACUGUAGGCUCACGGGCAUAAUGCCACAACAUCAUGUGAACAUGAAGAGUUACGCAAGAUCUGCAGCAAAGAUUCAUUUUGUAGUAAAGGCUGAGAUCCCAAUAUUUUUUUUUUAUAGUUUUUUGCAACAAACAUUCACACUGUCGCUUCCACAAUAAACAUGAACCAUUACUGGAGAAGCCUGUGUUACAACUAACAAGUGUCUUUGUAUGUUGAGCAAUUGUGUUUUGUUUUGGAAAGGAACCAGAACACAAUACUGUGACAUCAACUUUACAUCUGUUUUUUCCUGGAUAGCAGCUUAUCUGUUUGUGCAUUAGGUGCCCGAUUUCUAGAAAACAUAAGAUUUCCUAAUUGAAGUGGCAAGGUAAGCAUUGAGUUUCUUGGUGAGACCAGGGACAAUGUUUGUUGAAGUUUAAAAAAUUAUUUCAGGUAAAUUGUGCAAGUGACCCCUAUGUGCACUGCAGAAUGGUAUAGCCUGCUCUGGUCCGGGGACAUGACCAAAGCCUCCAGGUAACACAUCUGGCAGAGGGGAUUUGUGUAUGGGCAGUAUGCUACCAGAGCCUGAGUAGUGUAGCAAAGGUGAAGGAAGAUUAUUGUAAAACUUAUGGUUACGCCGGCAUUAACAAAGUGGCGCACAGUUAAAUGACUUCCAAAUGGAUUUUGUGAAGAAAUAGAGCAAAGCAGAAAAAAAGCACUAUUGCUGCAAUAAAUGUAUUCACAUUGAGGAAUAGGCCCUAAAUCAGAACUCUUUAUCAAGCAUAGAACAUAAAGGGAAUGGGGGAACAGGAUGUGCUCUGCACCAGCUGAGUAAUUAGUAUUGACUGAAAAGAGGACCCCGACUAAUGUCUGUCAAUAAAUCAUCCGCUUAUUGUUGGAUAUUCGGGGCUGCUACCAGAGACAAGUUGUAUUGUACAAAAGAGAAGAGAGAAAGAAUGUCUCUUUGUUGGCGCACAUGAGAUAAUUAAAAAUUAACUUUUAAUAGAUCCACUAAAAUUGUCCAAACACGAAAUAAGACAAUACAAUACACCAAAUAAUACACUUAUCACACACAGUGAAUA